CUCUAUAUAAGGGCCUGGCUUGGGUUAUCUCUGGGCACAAGAAUUCGUAGCCUUCUUCCCCCUCUCCGGCGACUAAACGGCCCUCAGCUGCGCGCAGCGACGCUGGCCGAGUAACGCUCUCAAGGUGAGCUCCUUCUCCACUCUUCCACGCGUUUGCCUCUUUUUAAUUGCACACGCGCUAACUAGCACCUACCGCCAAGUCACUUGUUUAGCCAACCACACGAGAGUACGAGACACGACCAUCUUCCCCGUCUUCCUCCUCACCAGCUUGACCCUAACAUGCCCAGCCGUCACGCUCCCACCCACCACCUGCCGGCAGACCCAUCGGCCAUUCGGCCGACGGCGGCCGCCGUCUUGGUCGCUCGUUUGGUCGACGAAGCAGCACCAUUUUUCGUUCCUUUCGUUCUCCCGUUCUCCUUUUCCUGUAAGUGCUUUGGCAGGGGAUUUUUUUUUAACGGCGCUUCCCCACGGCUCGGUCUUCGUUGAAGACCUGGGGAUGUCGGACGGGAGCUCGAACCCCUGUCGGCUCGGCUCCAUCCGGGAGCGUUGCUACCAAGCGUUGGCAGGGGAUUUUGUUUUUGACCGUAUGUGUUCAUGUUCAGAUUUUUUACCAUAUGCGUGUUUAGAUUUUCUAGUGUGCUCUCGGUGUGAUUUCUUCGGAUUAACGAGUAUCAAUUGCUUGGUCUGGGUUCGAAGAACUUCCAAUCCUGAAUCAAGCAUGUCCAAAUGCGUUGGUAUAAAAUCGUCGCUAAAAAGAACUUCUAUUUUCUUUGGAUUGGCCAUGACCGGUUCAUGCCUUCAUGGACGAUGCUUUGUUGUGAUCUGGGCGUGGUAGGGACGUUUGUUCGCACUUCAGACUUUUGAGCACACGGAAGCUGUCGCCGGCUGCAUGUUUAGCGGUUUUCUGCUUGAUUUGAUGAUGUUUUCCUUUUUGGGCACAUAUGAAUACCCUUUCCGGCCGGGGUCGUGAAUUCUGAAAUCUCUUUGGUCUACAUUCUUUUCAAGAACAAGAAUACUAUUCUUGAUGGAGUAUCUUUUCUGUCUACUUGUUCUCGAUAAACAGGCACCAACACUUCAGAUACUGUGAACCGGCGGCCGUGACCGGCAAGCCACAGAAGGCGACGAGCUCAGGAGGACCCAGGGAGGAGACGGGCGCACGAUCCAGCCCGCGCGGUUCAAGAGUUUCAAGAAGCACUUGGGCGGCCAUCCCCCGGGACGACGGACAUGACCGAGACCGACCGCCAUCUUAGGCCGGCGCCGCCGCCGCUGGCUCCUCCGGCGACGACGCUCUCACAGGUUAAGGGACAAGUUUCAACUAAGCAGCUGGUAUGUUGCAUUGCAGGCCGAGGAAGGGUCUGCAACUGCAACAGCCAGCGAGAUGGAAGAGAAAUGCCCCAAAAUCAAGGCCAAGGAGCACCUCGAAGCCGGCGCCGCGGUCGCCGUCUUCGGCUUCAUCGUGCUGUUGGGGUGGAUCUGUCUCCCAAAGGAGGCGAAGCACCCGAGCAAAGUGCACUUCACCGUCUCGCUAUUGCUGGCGAUCGCCACCUUCCUUAGCGGCAGUGCCCUCGUGAUGCUCAGCAUGACCAUGCUCGGCCUCCGCGAGCACCUCGUCUCCGGCAGCCAGCGCGUCGCCUCCAAGUGCCUGCUCGUCACCUGCGCCGCGCUGUCAGUGUUGACUCUGCUCAGUCUUCUUGCACAACUGCCGGGCAGGGUCUACUGGUACGUUGGCCUUGCUGUGGUAACGCCGUUCCUGUUGCUGGCGGCCGGGGUGCAUUGGUAUCUGAGGCGCCACGGGGACAAUGGCGACGAGGCGGCGGCAAACGAGGAGGAGCACAAGGAGGAGCUGGACGCCGUGUCGAAGGUCACCUCCUGCGUGACGACCUCGGCGUUUGGGGGCCUUGUCGGUGUCCUAUUCAGCGUGUCCAAGAUAUUCGGUGCAGCGGCAGACGCCGCCACUGGGGCCGCGUAUGCUGCCAUAUUUUUCAUGUUCACCACCGCCAUCUCCGGCGUCUUUGUGAUGACGGUGUUGAAGAAGGUGCCGAAGAUCACCAACCACCGAUUCCAACGGCUUUUCAUCGGAGCGAUGAGCCUCGCCAACGCCUUCCUGCUGUGCUCGCUCGCCUGCGCAGCUUUUGCGGCAGCCUUCGUGGUAUUGCGGUACCGCAUUUUGUGGCAUUCGUGCCACUAGUAAUCACAGCUAUCCUUUGCUUCCUUCUCCGGCAUUGCAUUGCACGCCGGGGCCGCGCCGGCAGGGUCAAUCUGCAGGAGAACCAAGAGGCCCAGCUCAAGGAGAUGGAGAACCUCGCGAGCAAGGUGACGGCGGCGACACUGGGAGCCAUCAUGACUGUUUUUGGAGGCUCUCUUGGUGAGAAAUACCACGAUAAAGUGGGUGCCAUCGAUGUGUUCAUGGUUGUCC